GGAUCUCAUCAGCUCCAAGUGUCGUGUGGAUAACCUCCUUGCUGUCGCUGCACGUUGUGUAUCUGUACUUGGGUUUGGGCAUGAAUAAGAAUUGCAAAAGCAAAAAGAAAAGAAUGUGCAAGGAGCACGAGUACCCCGAUAGGAGGUUAAACCCCAAGUGUGAAGGUGAUGAGACGUCACUAUAGUGACUCAUCAGCAUGUCAUUCUGAGCAUUGCAACGAUCCCAAGCUGAUGGCAUUUUGAGUUCACCCAAACAGGAUAUUGUUCUAUUUGUAUGGGAGAGAUAUGUCUAUCAUUGCCUGUCAAGUCGUGAAAUGGAGGAUGCGUCCAAAGUAAUCAAUGUUUUGCCCGAUCUCGCUUGUCUACGACCGUGGGAAAAUGAAGAUAAACAAAUGACUCGACCAUGGGACGCGUUUACAUAAUCUUAACUUGCGCAAGGGGAACGCAUGCCAGGAGGUGGAAACGACGACAUUGAUUGGACCUUCAUGGCGUGUGCAAAAGAAUGACGUACGCAGGAUACGGUAUCUUCCGCCGAGAAUUCCCGGAUUGCAAAAAAAAGCGCAGUUCCCCAGGGUUAUAAACAGGCGGGUGAGGUGUCCCUCCGUAUUAGCGAUAAACCUCUUUUCUCAAUCUUCAUACGACCGUCCUCUCUACCAGUAAUGCCUAAAAAGUUCCACACUCCUCCUAAUGACCUCCAAGACCUGCUCCCGUUGGAAAGCACCCUCAAACUGUACACCAAGAGUGCUUUGAUCGACAUUUCCAAACGGUACAAUCCGAUGGCCAGGCCCCCAACUGGUAACCUUAGGGCGGUUUUAAAUGAUGUAACUCAAAACCUCCAGUCCCCAAUCCGCAAACUCAAACGAAAACAACCGAUCAGCAUCAUCAACAGCCUCGAACCUGUCAACGACCAACUUGCGUCAUUGGAUGAUAUCUUGAGUAAGAUCCAACAGAACUACGACAAAAUCAAGGAAAAUGACAACAAACUUCAAGUUCUGACUGAACGGACCGCUCGGAUCGAAUCUUGUGUCCAAUCUACGCAUACUCAAGUUCAUUCCAACGAUACAGUACUGCUCAUGAAUGUUAUCGAAAACAGGUUGUCUGAUUUGGAAAAUCUGGUUAUGAGGCAACACAAUCAGGUGCUGUGGGAUUUCAACAAGUUCAAAACAACGACGUUUAGCAAGAUCGCCAACAUCGAGGCCGCGGGUAACAAGUUGAACAACAAUAUGCACACCAUGUCUGAGCGAUUGAGCACACUCGCCACGUUGACGGAAUCAAUUUCAGUGGAAGUUCCCAAAAUCUAUCAGCAAAUGACGCAAGCCUUUCAUCAGAUUAACGAAGCAGAAUCUCGUAUGGGAUCCGCCAUCGACGGUCCGUCGCCAAUGGAUGUUGAUAGUCCUUUGCGGAAAGUGUCCAAUGUUAGAUUCUUGACCUAUAUUCCGAACUACCUUGCAAGCCAUUUUAUACCGACUCAAAACCCUGAGCUAGUUACCUUAACGCAACGUUUUCCGCGCGUGAGCCUUCGUCUGUUUAUCAAACCGCAUACCAAAACCGAGUGCGUUCUUGAAUGUGCACCGGAGAUCGCUCUCCUUCUUCGUACGCGGCCCGACCUGGAACGUGUGAAUUUACUUCGUGUUUUUUCAAUUUCUGGACCCGAGGAUAUUGCGCACCAAGCGUGGACCAUCAUCAAAGACAAGUUUCCAACGGCGUUUGUCCUGUUCAAAACCAAAAAGUAUUGAUAUUGUGCCGAUUUUCAGCAUGUUGUGAUAUGUAUCUAGUUGGUGAAAUGAUGAAUAUCUUAAAUACAUUAUAUGCGACAAUA